AUGUCAACGUGGGAAGCGCGCCGUGUCCAGGCCAUAGAUUACGGGCUUGAGGUAAAGUCCCAACCGCGCCCGGCUUGCCGUUUUAAGCAGAUGCAGAAAUUCCUGGGUUGGUGGUGGUGCUGCUGGGUUGGCCCUGCUAUCGUGUUGAAUAACGUGCCUUAG